CAACCGAUGAAGAAAUACGUACCGUACUAGCGAUGGUAAACCUUACGCAUCUAGAGCAGUUAAUAUUUAACUUUGAUGCACAUUAUGGUGUAGAUUGGGAUAAGAUAUUGACUCCGGGUGAACAGCAAAAAUUAGCGUUUGCUAGAUUAUUUUUCUGGAGACCUGUGUUUGCUGUACUAUUAUUGGAUGGAAAGGGUGGAUAUUCUACUAGUGAUAUAGAUAUCAAUGGAUGUGAAGAUGUUUCGAGGUGGAUUGAUGGAAAUUUGAGACUUUAA